UCUCCCUCCGCCCCUCUCCCCUCCUCGCGGCUCCGGCCCACCGGCCCACCGUCUCUCUCCAGCUGGCGGGGCCUCUGACUUGUCUGGAGGGUCGGCACAUUACCUCAGGAGCAGGUAGCUCUCCUUCCUGCGGAGGGAGCUGCCAGAGAAACUGGCGGGAGAGGGAGGGCCAGAAAGACCAUUAACUAAGUUUAUUUAAGGAAGAAAGAAAGAAAAAAAUCAGGAGGAAAAAAAAUCAAGAUUUUGAUAGUUUUCAUUUUUAACACAUAUCCAAAGCUCCGGGAAGUGGGAGCGGGAGGUGGGAAAAUCACUUUUGUGCAAAGUCCUUAUAAGGAAAGAAGAAAACACCCUGUGUUGGACCCAGCUCUGAGGCCGGAAGUCACGAGCUGAAAGCAGUUGGAGCCAACUUGGGACUGGAGAUGUUGGACAGAAUCGUACCUGUCCUGCAGGAGCUGAGCAAGCAGGUGUUGCCGACGCUGCCCUCGCUGACCCAGGAGGAAGUCUCUACUAUCUGGGAGAAUGUCUCAGAAUUUGUUGAACGGCAGCUAACCUUACACAAGGGGGUUCAUAUUCCAGGACUUGGAACUUUCACUUUCAUGAGACAAAAGCUUGAAGUGGGAAACAACAAGUUUAUUCUAAUUCAGAGGCCCAUGUUUAUCAUGGCGGAGAAGUUGGUGCAGAUACACGGACUCAAACAAAACAAAGUAUAUACUCCUGGUGAUAUCCCAAUUGUUCCACUUAAUUUUGUCAUGAUAUCCCUGGAGGGUCCAUUUAACAGGGAUACAGUGGAAGGAUGUGUGAAGGAGACAUUGCUUUUUUUAUCACGAUCCAUUUCCAUCAGACAAAAUGUGGAGUUUACAUUCAAAGGAAUUGGAGUCCUCGUGAUCAAAGACAGCAAAGUGAAGAUGAGAUUUUUUAAGGACUUUCUUUCUGCCAUGGAUGAAAGUGGGACUUUGGUGAAAGCCCUGGCAAAUAGGCCUGGCACUGUGGAUUCAGUGUUGUCUAGCAGAGAGGACCUUUGCAAGCAGCCCAGCAGUGCACUUACAUUUCCAAGGAUUGAGAUCAAGGAGACAGAGAACAAACCACCCCUGAAGACCAUUGUAGAAGAAGAUGAAGAAAAUAGAGAAAGGAAGAGCAAGUUAAAAGACCAGUCAGACAAAGGAGGCAUCAGAGAGAUCUCGUCACCCAAGCGACUUCGAGAUGGACAGGCUCUCUCUCCUGCCAAAGUUACAGGCAUUAAUUUGCGGGACAAGAAAUCUUUUCUAUUUGAUAAAUGGCCACUCAGUCCUGAGAUUAAUGCUCUAAAGCAAGAGGAAUAUUCCCAAUGUCUCCUGAAACAAAUGGAUAACAGAAGGGAAAAAGAAAUAAAGCAAAGACAAAACAGAGAGCUGAUGGACCGUCUAGAGCAAGUGCAACUCACAGAGGAACUUGCUGCACAAAGAGCUAAAUAUUUGAAAGAUAAGAUGGAGGAAACACAGUGUUACAAGAGAGCCUUGGAUGCACAGAUAAGGAACAGACACCCCCACCUGACCAUGUUUGAGCCAGAUUCUUCAGAGCCUAUCUUCGGUAAGAACGAGAGUGAGCUGCUGGUGGAAAGGUGUAAGCGGGAACAGAAUUACAUGAAGCACCAGCUGCAGGCAGCUGCUGGCCACAAGAGGAAAGCCAUCCUUCACCAACUCGUGGACCAGAAGCGGGAUCUGCAGAUGUUGCAGAGGACACACAAAGAGCACUUGGUGGACAGAACUGCUGAACUGGAGCGACUGAACAGAAUCAACCAGUGCUUACAGGAGGACUGGGAGAGGAGUGCUGCCAUGAAGAGGCAGCGGGACCUGGAGGAGAAGGCUUUUGAGAGGGCUUCAGACAAGCUCUUCCUCCUGGACCAGUAUGAGAAGUAUCGGCGCUGCAAGCAAUGCCAGAGGCGCACCUCCAAUGUGGGCGAGAGUAACCUGUGGCCACUGAACAAGUAUAUGUAUGGCUCCCGGUUGCUUGUGUAAAUCUCAAAGUUUGGACCUGGGCUUGUUAGGGAAAGUUGUCUUUUGAUGUUUGAUGUGAUUGUGAAACCGCACAUUUGUACCUCAGAGGUAAAAAAUACUGUGCGUUUUUGGUGCUUCCAGAAGACUGCUUUUUUACCAUCUAUUAAAUUCAUAUAGGCAGUGUUCCCUUCCUGUCUUUUGCUGGCUCCAGUUUAUUCCCCACACUUGUCUCAGGGCAGUGAAGGUGUCCGGUACUGAAGGUGAGAACUCCUCUGCCCUUAGGGGCUGGGAAUGGAACCCAGUUUCGUCUGGCUCUUGGGGUCCCAGGCUGGGGUGCUGCUGGCCCAGCUCUACCACUCCCUCUGUGACCUUGUGUAAUAAAAGUCACCUUUCU